AUGAGAUAUGCAUGGCGGUUACGUACGCUCGCAAAAAAUUCGAAUCGCUGGUUUUCAUUGGCUCACAAGGAAGAAAAAAGCCUAUUGAAAGCUCGUCCAUUAGAUAUCCGGAACAUCGGUAUCGUUGCCCAUAUUGAUGCUGGUAAAACCACGUUGACUGAACGGAUGCUUUAUUUGGCUGGAGUCAUCCGCCAUAUGGGUGACGUUGAUUCAGGCAAUACUGUUACGGACUUCAUGGACUUGGAACGAGAAAGAGGUAUCACCAUACAACUCGCUGCUAUCACAUUUGGUUGGAAGAAACAUAAAAUCAAUCUUAUUGACACACCCGGUCACGUUGAUUUCACAGUGGAAGUCGAAAGAUGUGCAAGAGUCCUUGACGGGAUUGUCACAGUUCUGGAUGCUUCAUCUGGAGUCCAGGCGCAGACAUUGACAGUAUGGCGCCAAGCUGCAAAAUUUCGUCUUCCCUCUGUGUUUUUUGUUAAUAAACUGGACAAGAAAGAGGCGGAUUUUCGAAGUUCUGUUGAUUCGGUUGAGCAAAAGUUGGGAGUCAAAGCUAUGCGGCGAAUCACACUUGCACAUCGUGGAGCGGCGAUUGGCUGUGGAAGUGCUCUGCGAUGUCCCGCUAGCGUUCGGCCGGUAUUGGAUCAGGUUGUCAACUUCCUGCCUUCACCUAAGGAGAGAAAUACCUCCCUUACAAGUCUAUUUGGUCAAGAACUUUGCGGCUUUGUUUUUAAGAUUGGGCAUGAUAGGCGAAAAGGCAAGCUUAGCUUUGUUAGGGUCUACGCCGGAACUUUAACAAGCAGUUCAACAGUGUUUAAUUCCACUCGCGGGACGACUGAUGGUCCGAUAAAGCUAUUCAUUGCUCACAGCAGUGAGCUGAUUCCGGUAACUAGUGUCGGUGAAGGAAAUAUCGCUGUUGUAAGUGGUUUGUUUUCCGCGGUGACAGGUGACACAUUAUUGUCGAGCGAGUCGGUUAGCCAUCAACUUGCGCAUGCUAGACACAAAGUGUGUCAUGAAGAAAAAGCUGCUAAGCAUGAUAGCCAUCGAAAGCUAGCGCAUGACGUCUCUCUCCAUUCGGCUGCAAAUGAGGAUCAGCUUGAGAUGGAAGUUAUAGGCGAUGGCGAAAACGUCAUGCUGAAAGGGAUUGAUUCACCAGACCCAGUUUACUUUUGCUGUAUUGAGCCUCCGUCUUCAAAAUCUAAUCGUGAGUUUGAAGUCGCCCUGAGUGAGUUAGCUGUUGAGGAUCCUUCAUUACGAAUUCGCCAUGAAGUGGAAACGGGUCAGACCGUCGUGGAGACCAUGGGCGAACUACACUUGGACAUUAUUAAAAGUCGCCUUAAUCGAGAUUACGGUCUUAAUGUAUUUGUUGGCCCUCUGCAGAUAGCAUAUCGAGAAAUCGUGGACGUGCCCAUAACACAUACAGCUACUGCGCAAGCUGUGAUGGAGGAGAAGAAAAGAGUUCAUUCUGCGACACUCACUCUUACAAUAGAGCCUAAAAAGCAAACUGGAAAAUUCAAAGGGGUUCUGCUCGGGCUCCCUCCUGAUUCAUCGACGGUACGUGCUGAUUGGCUGAAAGCCAUCAAUGAAGGUUGCCGGAACGCCCUUCAUAAUGGCCCAAUACUUGGAUUCCCUAUGCAAGAUGUUGGGAUUACUUUGAAUUCAGUCACUACUAGUGGAGGACGCGUCAAUCCUGCUGUCUUGUCUGCUUGUGCGCAUAAAUGUGUAUCGGAAGCAAUCGAGAAAGCCAGCGCUCAUUUGAUCGAACCAGUCAUGAGGCUUGACAUCACGUUGGAGAAAGGUGGAGAAGCCCAAAGCAUCCUUCAUGAGUUGUCGAGGCGGCGAGCUGAUGUUCUUGAUUGUUCCAAAACUCAUUUGGGCACAACUUCGAUAUGCGCUCGUCUUCCUCUUUCGGAAAUGGCUGGAUUCCCUACUACUCUACGAACUCUUUCGUCGGGAUUGGCUUCUAUGCAUACACAAGUGGCUGGUUACCAGGUUGUCUCUGAUCACGAUCAAGCUGCCAUUGUUAAUAAAAUCAAAGGUGUUAAAUAG